GGUCGCGCGGGGAACUGGUACUUCAGCCCGCUGCCUAUUUGGUUCCUAUUUUCCUAUUCCUAUUUCAUUCAGCACCAGCUCUAUGCCGGCAUCCACUUCACCUUCACACACCUCACGGACGUGGAUCUGAAGAUUGAGACGGAGGUGUUGAUGUGCGACAACCUUAAGAUUCGGUUGUACAAGGCGCCACAGAUCGAAGAGCUGAAUCCAGCUGAGGUCAAAGAGGUAUCCACCGUUGGUGAUGCUGCAGAACAUAAAUUGCCUGCUUUUCAAGCAAGCCAAUCUUCCGAGGCAGACUCAGAUGAUUGGAUGAAGAGGAGAAAUCAUGCUUCUAUCAGUGGUGGGGGGUCCACGCAACGGCCACCGCCACCGCCUUUCGAGAGCGCCAUGGUGGAUAUAGAAGGCAUCAACCUUCGGAUAACUGUCAGCGAGAAGCAGGCCGUUGUCACGACCCGGUUGCGUAAGUUUGGAUGCGACGAAAAUGCUCUGGUCGUUCGUGAGGAUAUCACGCUACAGGUGGACUUUGACAAAAAUCUGUCGACCACAUUUCGCAAUUGGGUCGAAAUACUGACCAAGUUCAUCAACUGCUUCUGUCCCAAGUGGAGGACCGUCUACUUCCUAGAAUCUUCCUCAACGGAGUGUAAAAGAAAGGGAUUUGAGCUGGUUAGAUCGAUUCCUCCCCUGGGCAAGUACAACUUCUGCGCUGGCAACUACUUCAUCGAUGUGAAUGAGCUAAUGUCGAUAAACAAUCGCAUGAAAAACGAUUUUGAUUUUUAUGACAGUGAUAUGGUUAAAUUUCCACGUUUUCCACUCUAUAAGACAGGGCCCCAACCAAUUGAAUUUCCUAUGGUUUUAAAUGCCAAGAUCUUUGUAGAGCUACCUACACAGCUGGCCAACUCGGAUCGGAUUCAUCACUUCAUCAAUCCCUUUGACCGGAUCAAGUUCAGAAAGCUGCGGCAUCGUUUCAACGAGUCGGUUCUGUUCCAUCUUCAUCCGCGUCUGCGUCAAUUGGUGCAGCAGGAGAUCAGCAAGCGCAGCUGGGCGAACCAUCAUCAGGAACAGCAGCGGCGCAACUUAUCAGAGCAGCAGCGCCUGACCCUCUACCUGGCCAUGCUGAAGCACAAGGUGUAUCCAAAUUACUUCCAGUUCAGGGACCAGUUCUACUACCAUAUUCGCAACAUUGACUUCUUCGAGUUCAUGGCCAUCAAGUGCAGCGAGAAGGCCAAUCCCGAACAUUACCGUGAGCACAUCGAUGAAACAGAAGAGCCCACUGCACCGGCAGCAGUACCCACAAAGAAGAAGAACAAGAAAUGCUUGUGCCCCAAGUACGUCAAGUCGCUGCAAUAGCAAAUACGAGUACCAUGCCCACCCACUACUUACGCCUACACAAGUCGAAAUAAAUCUGCGUACAACCAAAGACAACAUAA